AUGACUACAGCAGAAAAUGGUUCAGAAGUAAGAGUUCCUAUCUUCUUAGGAGAGAACUUUGAUUUUUGGAUUAUUAAGAUGGAAACCAUGUUCAUAUCACGUGAUCUCUUGAGCUAUGUGAAUGAAGGCUAUGUAGUUCCAGCAGCUGAAGGGAUGACAAAUGCUCAAAGAACUGAGCUGAGGGAAAAUAUCAAGAAAGAUGCAAAAGCUCUUGGUAUUUUGCAAACCGCAGUCACAGAUGCUAUCUUUUCAAGAAUUGCAAAUGAGAGAACAACCAAAGGAGCUUGGGAUGUUCUGAAGGUGGAGUUCAAAGGCUCAGAUAAGGUGACAGCUGUUAAAGUUCAAUCCUUAAGGAGAGAUUUUGAAUAUUCUAGAAUGAAUGAAACUGAGCUGCUAAAUGAUUAUUGUACUAGAUUGAUUGAUUUAGUUAAACAGAUGAAAACCUAUGCUGAACCUAUACCUGAAAAGAGAGUAGUACAAAAGAUCCUUAUGAGUUUGGAUAGGAAGUAUGAUGCUAUAGCAAGUAUUAUAGAUGAGACUAGGGAUAUAGACACUCUUGGUGAAUGUUGGUUUAAGGGGAAACAAAAAUGUUCAAUUUGUAACAAGUUCGGUCAUGUCAAGAAGGAUUGUGACUACAAGGGAAAUCAACUGGCUAGCUGCAGUGAAGAACAAAGUGAUGCUAGUAUGUUCUGUGUCACUUAUGCUGCAACCACUGCAGUAAAUGAGAAUGUGUGGCUUGUUGAUAGUGCUUGCAGUAAUCAUAUGACUGCAAAUGCCAACCUUCUCUAUGACAUUGACUACAACAUCAUUACAAAGGUGAAGAUGGCAAAUGGAAUGUUGGUGGAUACAAAAGGCAAAGGAAGUGUUGCUGUUGAAACCAAAAAUGGAAAAAUGUUCAUCAGAGAUGCUUGUUCUAAAUCUUGA